CUUAAGGGAGGGGCCUGGCGGAAGAGGACUCACCGGGACAGUGCACGUGCGUUAGUGAGGUUGUGCGCAGGCGUAGGUUGCCUCCGGAUAGUUUAAUUCUGAACUGUGUUCAAGAUGGGAAGCUGAUCCCAUUCCGUCAUUCCCCAUGGCCUUGAUUACUUUACCCAGAUCCCAUUUUUAUUCAUCUAGUCUUCAAACUUGCAGAAUUUUGACUUGCUUGAGAAAAUAUUUGAGCCCUGAUAACAACAAAAGCAGAAAAGUCAUAUGUCAGGGGUAUUUUUCCCCACAACAAGAGCAAUUCAGAAUCUUUCAUCAUGCAAACUGUAGGAAGCAUCACUCAGAAAAAGAGAGUAAACCUUACUCAGUUGGAUUGGUGUUUUUCCAAACAGCAGCUUGGGACAGGUUUGAACAAAGUAAUGGUCAUGUGGAUCAUCAGAGGUUUUAUAAGGAACUAAAUAAUUUCACUUCAUCUGACCAGGUGUUAAAAUAUGUAACCACACUGGAAACAUUGUCAGAUACUAUGGCAGCAGCAGCUUUGUAUCGGGUCUCUGAAGUGGAAAAAGAGAAAAGUGGCCAAAAAAUUCCAAAAACAGUUUUGGAGAAUGAAAUCUUCAGAGCAUUAUGCUUUCAGUUUGAAUAUGAGUCCACAAAUCUGUCAGAUACUGGUCUGGUGACUGCUUUGCAAGCUUUGACAGGACUACAUGUGGAUCCCCAGAGUAACUUACUAGUAAAUCUGAUAAUGGAGUGUCAAAAUCGGCUUCAACAGGGUCACAUGACAAUUCAUAAUCUUUGUAUUCUUGGAGAAUGUAUGGUUAAACUCCAGAAUCCAAAUUGUGUGCUCAAAGAAAUUAUACUUCAACUUCAAGGUCAAAAAUUGCAAGAAUGUACACCUGAGGAGAUAGUGGCAAUAUAUACAUUGCUUCAAACUGCUUUUGGAGAAGCGGUUCAACAUCAGGACUUCUUGGAUCAGUUAAACAACCUCUGUAUUUCAUUAGUUUAUAAAUUUAGUCCUACAGUCACAAGCCAAAUAUUGAAUGCCUUGGUGACUCUCAACCAAACUCAAGCUUUUCCUUUGGUUGUAAAGCUUUGUAUACAUUCAGUAAAAUUUGUCUCUCAUUUUACCAAGGAAGAGCUAGGAAAAGUUUUAGAGGGUUUCAUACAUUUUGGUUACACAGACAAAUUUUUCACACAAGCCCUGGAAGAACAUGUUUCCACACGUUGUCUCACUAUGCAUCCUGAAUCUAUCAGCAAAGUUAUGCAGUACUGUAGUAAAAAAUCAAUUCUUUCAAAACCCAUCUUUGAUGCAGUGGCAGAAAGUUUUGUUUACCAAGCUGAAAUAUUCUCCACUGUUCAGAUUUCUCAGUUGAUCACACCUUUUGGGAAACUCAAUUACCUGCCCCCAAAUGCUUCACUUUUUUUUAGGAAGCUUGAAAAUACAAUAAGAACUCGUUUUAAAUAUUUUCCUCCUCAAGCCCUGUUGAAUCUUCUUCAUUCCUGCACCCUCAUUGGUCACCCCCCAGUCAAUUAUGUGGCAAAGUUAUUUAGUCCAUAUUUUCUUCAGAAAUUACAAGUUCAAGAAUUGGGUUUAAGUAAAUCAAGUCUAGCCCAGCUGACCCAGCUUUAUUUAACAGUGGUCUUGGAAUGCCCCUUCUAUAAGGGUCCUAAACUGCUUCAACAAUAUCAAGUGAAAUCAUUUCUUAUUCCACCUUACCUCCUGGAGACUCCCAUGGAUCUUCAUCUUUAUAAAACUGUUAGUGCUGCACUAAUUCAUCUUUUAGAAGGAAGAACAUAUUUUGCUUCAAGAGUCUCAACACCCUAUUGUUACACAGUAGAUAUUGAGAUUAAACUAGAUGAAGAAGGAUUUGUAUUACCUUUUGCAAGCGAUGAAGAUGUGUAUAAAAGAUUAGCACUCUGCAUUGAUGAUCCAAAAAGAUUUUGUUUGAAUAGCCACAACUUACUAGGAAAAGAAGCUAUUAAACAAAGACACCUACAAUUACUUGGUUAUGAAGUUAUACAGAUUCCAUAUCAUGAAGUUGAGAUUCUCCCAUCAAGAUGCGAAGUAGUGAAAUAUUUAAAGAAAAAAAUAUUCUCUCACAGAUACAGAUUUUAUUGAUUACAAGAUUGGAAUAUUGACUGCGUACUUGGUGGUAAAAACAGUUUGCAUUCUGGUGGUGACUAAUUUGAACACUUACAUACAUACAUACAGAAAAAAAAAAAGAACAAUUUGUGAAUUAUUCUGAGCCAAUUUAUUAAAGUUUAUAUCUAUCAACAGUUUUCUAGUUCCUAAUGAUUCAGGACAUUUCUUUGUUGCUGCAAUGUGGCUUAAUAAUUUAAAAUAUUUUUGUAAUGUAGCACUGAUAUCAUCAAUUCAUGUUAAUUUUUUUGUAUUAUGUUGACUUCAUUUUUUAGAAUAAACUAAAGAAGUAUAACAAAAAUAAUGAUCUUAUUUUGUGGUAGGAAUACUAGAGUCUCUGACUCUUAGGUGGAGCUAGUUUUCUGCUAAUAUAUAAGGAAUCUGUCUUUGAGGUCUAGAGCUAUUGAUGUAACUUCCCAGUUGUUUGGGCCAUAAAAGGUCCAUUCCACAAUGAGUUAGUACCCUUCAGAUUUGAUGAAUGUUCAUCAGCCAUAUAAAGCAACACUUUUGAGUGGAAGCAGUUCAUUUAGAGAGUGACAAUGGAGGCUAUAUCUACCUGAAUCAGUACCGUAUCUUUGCUGAAUAGCUUUUCUAUGAUGUGACCUAAAAUGUGUUUGUGUUAUUUCUUCUGAUUGGAGAAAAUAUUUAAUCGUCUUUAAGUCAUUAAGUUUUUUCAUUUGGGAAAUGUUCAGUUCACCAGUAUACUGAUCCAGAAGGAUGAGAACUAUAAAGACCAUCAGAUUUGGCAAAUAAGAGAUCACUGUGUAUUUUUGAAAGAGCAAUUAUAGUUGAGUAAUGACAUUACAAGCCACAUUACAAAUGGUUAGAAUCAAGUAAAAGAAAAAGAAAUGUAAGCAGUGACAACUUUAUUUUUGCACUUUGAAAAUCUAGCUUUUAUUAGUAUUUUUUUUUUCUCAGUGGCAUUUUAUUUUUCCAGUUAUGUGUAAAGGUAGUGUUCAGCAUUUAUUUUUGUAAGAUUUUUGAGUACCAAAUUUCUUCUGCUUUAUUGUCCCUUCCCUAGAUCUUCUGAAUAAAAUAAACACUGGAAAAGAAGGAUAGAGAGACUUAAGGAGGAAAGAGGUUUAGAAUAGCUUCUGUGAAACUAAUCAAUUAGAGAAAUAAAAAUCACUUUGCUGCAUCAAGGCACCUAUUGAGGAUAGUUAAUAUCAUGUAUAAUGUAUCCAAUCAGCAGAUUAGUGGGACUUUUUUUUUCUUUGCACUUAUGGGAGUCAUCCAUAGCUGAGGUUUGGCAAAACACAAACAGGAACAUAGGGUAAGGGAGCAAAGUUUUCAGUAUUCCAGGAACAGCAUAGACUUGAAAUCACUAUUGAGAAUGGAGAGAGACAGAUUAAAUCAGAGCAGGAGAAAAAGCUUGAGAGAGUACUGAAUCUGGGAGGGACUGGAGAUCUCAAUGAGAGACAAGUAGAUGUCAAAGGGAUGAAGCAUAGGGAGUAGAGUCUGGGAAAUGCCAGAUUUUUCACUCAUAGCUGUAGGAAGUAUACAACAAUCUUUAUGUGUAGCUGAAGUGGAAUGAAGAAUUUAUCUUAAAUGAGGCUUAAGAAUAUCUAAGAAAUUGCGAGACUAGGGAUAGCUACAUGAAUAUAAAGUCCCUGAGCGUAAAGGCAUGAAUUGGGGAGAAGACAGUGUUAAGUCAGGUUUCAAACUCCUUGGAAAAGCAUGAAAAAAAUCCUGGACAGGUCAAUAUAUUACAACUUCGCUAAUUUGGGUUGAAAAUUUUACCUGUGUGGACUUCAAAAAGUUACUGAGUGAAGGAAACAAGGGAGAGACUGCUGAGUGAAAAUGGUGGGGCGAGGAUUCCCCCUUAAAAACUAGUGUGAUAGUUUGAGAGAAGGGGAUAGCUAGUGCUGAGAAUGUUAGUAAGAAGUGCAUUGCAAACAGAGGGUUUUGUGUCUCUAUAUGAACUAAUAGCUAGCAAAUUUCUCUUCAUGGAAGAUCUCUAUGUAAUGAGAAUUCCAGGGGGCACAGUGGAAUCAGUAAGGUUAGACUGGGAGAUGAGUGGAAGGAGGGAGAGGAUGUCUUAAGGAAAGUCAUGAGGAAGGGAUAGGGGAAAUUUUCUUCUAAAUGGUUCCUAAUUGAUUUCUCUAGGAAUAGAGAGAGAAACAAGAAUCUCCAUUGCAGUGGUAAAGGGUAGUAGAUUGUGAAAGAAAUUCACAAUUUUCCAAGAAAUUUUAUAGAGAGAGCUAAUUAAGGCCUACGUCUCUUUCUUCACCUGAGAGGCUUGUGAUGUGGGGAGAGACAUGGGAGGAAAGGAGAUAUUUGUGGUCCCUUCAGCUGUCAGAGGGUAUUGGUGGACAGCCAGACCUGAGUCGGUUUGGUCUGUAUCAUCAGACCCACCAUUUUUUUUUAAUAAAUGAGAACAAGAGAAUCAACCAGCACAUUGAUAGGACAUGCAGUGCAAAUCUAUGGUUCACUUCUUGUAUUCAGUAAAGAAAGUCAAUUUCUUAUAAUUACAAAUUUAGAUCAUUAAAUGAUGAAUACACAAUAGCUUUAGAGUACCUCCUAUUUUUGCUGAAGGAGUAUGAAAAAUAUUUUUCUCCAGAAAAGUUUAGUUUUAUAAUAAAUGAACCACAAUUUAAGCUUAUGAAACAUAUAUUCAUUAACUAAUGGUGUAUAUUUAAAACCUUAAUCUUAAAAUUAAACAAGAAAAAGCAAGAGAUACAGCCAGCUGAUAAAGUAGAAUCCAUCUAGACUGAAUCAUAUGAGAAACUGGGUAGAUGCCAUUAAAACACUUAGCAAGUUAAAAUAUUCUAUUAUUCUUUCUAAGCAGUAGAUGGUGCUGUUGUUUAAAAGUUCACCCAUUGAGUAUUAUAAUUAUGCCAUACCAUAGAUGAAACACCAGAAAAUUAUAGGUGCAUGUUUAAAAAUUAGAACUCAUUUUCCCAUUGUCUCAAUUCAUAAAUUUAGAGGUAUGCCAUCAUUGUUUCAGAUUUACCUUAAAAUGGAAGUUUAGAUAUAUAAAUUGCUUUAUACUUUUACCCCUUUUAACUCAAAAUUUUAAACUUAUUUGACACUCUAGGAUGAAACCUGCUCUAGUUACUCUCUGUACAUACUGGUAUAAUUCUGGACCCCAUUUUUGGGAAAAAGUAUUGAGCUGAAUUGUGUUCUGAGGAGGAAAUCAUGAUGAUUGAGGGACCUCAAAACCAUAAGGUCAUAUUUCUCAUUUUACAGAUGAGAAAGCUGAAGCUCUGAGAGAUGAAAUAUUGGCCCAAGAUUAUAAAUGUAGCAAAACUGGUAUUUGGAUUGAGGUCUUCUAAAUUACAAACCACUACCUUUCCUGAUGUACUGUCCUGCACUUAACAAACAUUGGAUGAAAGAACUCGGAUGUCUCUCCUUCACAGGACUUGGGGGUCAUGUGAUAGCCAUAUUCAUAAAGAAAUCAGAAAUGACCACUGAGUUGUAGUUGUGUAUUGUUUUUUAAAUGUAUUGUGCUUUUUGUAUUCCAUAAGCUGUUAAGUAGCUAAGCAGAUAGAAUUUAGGAGUUGAAGUCAAAAUGGCCUGGAUUUUAAUCCUGUCUCAGAAAUUUAGUAGGUGUGUAACCUUGAGCAAGUCACUUAAUCUCUCUCAGCCUCAGUUUCUAUAACUAUAACAGUUUCUGUAACAGUUUCUAUAAUGGGGAUGAUAAUCAUAACAGAGGGUUGUUGUAAGGGUAAAAAAACACUUUGCAAACAUUAAAUCACUACAUAACUGCUGGCUAUUUGCAUGCUUGUCGUUUCUUCUAGGUCUAGGUGGAAUCUGAAUUUUAUCCAUCUUUGUAGUACUUCUUAGCACUAAUAGAGUGCUUUGCACUUGAAGGGUGCAAAAUACUGCUUAAAUGACUGAAUUACAAAAGGUAAACUUAGUUAGUUGAAAGACAAGGUGUGAAUACUGUAAAAUGUUUUUUUUUAAAAACACUCCUCAAUUCAUUUCUAAUCUGUUUUAUAUAACUAUUUCAGUUGGCAUGAAAAUUUUCUUUGUCUAUAAAACAUUCUUGCUGAGAUUCAUUCUAUCUGUUCCUUAGAUAGCAAGAAGCUGUUGGAUUUUACAUUUCAUUAAAAACUUGGGUAAACCUAAUGUACUAUGGUUAUUUAUGCAAAUAAUGUGCCUUUCCUUUAAAACAUUUUUACCUAUCAAAAGCAAAUUCCAGUGCCAAAAUUAUCAUUACCCAGAAUUUGAGUAGGGUAAAACAUGAAUAAGUGGAAAAAAGAGACUAACUGAUAAAACCCUUUUGAGCUUUUACAACAUUCCAUAUAAGGUAUCUAAAAGGGAUGUGAUUUUAUAAAAUCAUGUAGUCUAAGUAAUGUACAUUCCUCUAAGUAUUUUAUAAAACUAAGACUUCUUUGUUACUUGAAACCUGUAAUAGUAAAUAAAUUUUUUUUUUUUCAAAAUGAUUCUAAGGUUUUUAGCAUUAGUUCAUUGUCUGGCACAUAAUAAACACUUUGUAAAUGCUUAUUGACUGGUUUCACUUCUGCCUUUCCCCCAAAAUUAGCAAAAAUGUCAAAAGAUGGGAAAGUCAAUGUUAGAGAGCUAAUGGAAAAAUAGGUACAUCAAUGAAUUAUUAGAAGAAUUGUGAAUUUGGACUACUAUUUUGCAAAGCAAUUUGGAAUUUUGCAAGUAAAGUGACUAAAAUGUAUAUAAAUAUUGACUUAAAAUUUCAUAUACUUCAAGAAGGUCAUAAACAAAAGAAGCUUCAUGUAUGCCAAAAUAUUUAUAGCACUUUUUUUUUAUGGUAGAAAAUAACUGGAUAUAAAGUAGAUGUUCACUUGGAGAGUGGCUAAAUUGUUUAUGUAUGAAUGUUUGAGCUAUUAGUGUGCUAUAUAAGAAAUGACAAACACAAUGAAUAUAGAAACGGAUUUAAAAUGAACUGAUAAAAUAAGGGAGGAAAUCCAUGAUACUACAAAAUGGUAAGUCGUUUAAGUUUGCUGGUUGGGAAAAAGUGGGAUAGAGUAUAGUAUUAGAAAAGCAUAGAGGACAGGCUAUAUGCAAUCUGUUUUGUUCCAUAGGGCAAGACUAGAAAAGAAGAUCAGGGCUUACUAAAAAGAAGAAUUAAAAAGUAAUCUGAUCAUUGAAAGUAUCAAAGCAGUCUUGCCUGCAGACAGGUAUGUGGAGGAGUAAGGCUUUGCCAUGAAUUCAGGAAUGCCAAUACACAUCACCUAGUACUCCCUUAUUUGUAUGGCAGGGGGCUAGUUAAUGUGUGGGUAUGUGUAUAUGGGUAUGUGUAUAUUCUCAAGGAAAGAUGCAGCAUGAGGGACAAGAUGUAUGUUACCUGCCCUUGAAUUGGAAAAAUGUCAUUAUGUCAAUAAACUUUUAUUAAGCAC